GACCGCCCUAGCUUUCCACCUUCGCGGUGUCAUUAGAGGUGAAGCUCGACGGAGAAGUCUCCGAUUACGUCGUUGUACAUAGCUAUCUUCAAUUUCUCAUUUCUUGGCGAGUGUCUGGAUACAUAAGGAGCCAAGCUGUCCCAAGCCGGGAGGCUACCUUGGCUGUCUUGGGAAUCAAAUCCAUCCACCUAUUUCUCCUACAGUUUCUAAUUCGCACCCCUUUGCCAGGACGUUUCUCCCUCGUGACAGUGUCCCGACUUCCCUUGGCUUCAUCCCCCAAACGUACCGGCAUACGACUAUCUUCUCUGCCAGGCUGAGGCUCAAUUGUCGUCGCCAUCAAAAUGGCUUCGGAUCCGAAGCGAGAAAGAAUUGGCGACCAGUCAUCGUCAGACCAUGCCGAGACCGAUUAUGCUCACAUGGACCACCCGGGACGGCAGUCCGAGGCCACAGCGGUGGACGAGGAAGAGAGAAAGCGCCUAGAGGCUUCCCGCAAGCUGGAGAACCCUCUUGCUGGCUUCACACCCGAACAGUUGAGUCAAAAAGGCGAGGACUACUGUCGAGAACAUGGUAUCAUCUCAGAAGAAGACAUUCGAGCUUUCCGCCUUGGCGCCAUGAUCUCCGGCAAUAUGAACAAGUACGACAGCAUGACCGAGAUCACUGCGGAUGAACGCGCAGUGCUUGACGGCGAGGCUACUCACAAGUGGCGGAACCCGAAGAUGCUUUAUGGUGUUGUUGCCGAGACUGACCCUCCCCAAGUUUGUUCAUUCUGCGCUGUCGUCCAGGGUAUGGACGAGACCGUUGUCAAUGGCGCCCAGUCCUUCUACAAGAAGCAGUUUGGCAUUGGAGGAGAGACUGAGCGAGACACCUGGCUCCUUGGUCUGACAAAUUCUGCUCCCUAUCUCUGCUGUGCCAUCAUCGGUUGCUGGCUUACAGAGCCUAUGAACAAACGGUUCGGUCGCCGUGGCACCGUCUUCAUUUCUUGUCUCAUCUCUGCUCUAGCCUGUUUCUGGCAGGCUUUUACCAACACUUGGUGGCACAUGUUCAUCGCCCGUUUCUUCCUUGGCUUUGGCAUCGGCCCCAAGUCUGCCACCACCCCCAUCUUCGCCGCCGAAUGUGCGCCCCCUCGCCUUCGUGGCGCCCUAGUCAUGCAGUGGCAACUCUGGACGGCCUUUGGCAUCAUGAUGGGCUACGUUGCCGACUUGGCUUUCUACUACGUGCCUGACAAGGGUGGUAUUGUCGGCCUCAACUGGAGGCUGAUGAUGGGUAGUGCCAUGCUGCCUGCUGUCUCUGUAUGCGCAUGCUGCUACAUGUGCCCCGAGUCUCCUCGAUGGUACUUGACCAAGAACCGCCACUCCGACGCCUACAAGUCCAUGUGCCAGCUACGCUUCAAGAAGGUACAGGCUGCUCGCGACCUCUUCUAUGCCAACGCCCUCCUACAGGCGGAGAAGGAGACACAAGGCAUCGGUAAACAGAACCGUUUGCUAGAGUUUAUUACGGUGCGCCGUAAUAGAAACGGUAUGAUUGCGUCGCAAAUUGUUAUGUUUAUGCAACAAUUUUGCGGCGUGAAUGUCAUCGCUUAUUACAGCUCCGAGAUUUUCCUGGCGGCGGAGUUUAGCGAAGUGAGCGCCUUGGCGGCGUCCCUUGGCUUUGGCAUCAUCAACUUCGCUCUCCCGGCUUUCUAUACGAUCGAUACUUUCGGACGGCGCAACUUACUCCUGACAACCUUCCCGUUGAUGGCCAUCUGUCUCUUUUUUACUGGCUUCUCGUUCUACAUACCUACAAACCCCGCCAAGAUCGCUUGCAUCGCCCUUGGCAUCUAUCUCUUUGGCAUGGUCUACUCUCCCGGCGAGGGACCAGUACCUUUCACCUACUCAGCCGAGGCUUAUCCGCUGUACAUUCGCCCCAUUGGCAUGUCUCUGGCGACGGCUACGACGUGGUUCUUUAACUUCAUCCUUGCCGUCACCUGGCCCUCUCUCCAGAAAGCCUUUACACCGACGGGCGCCUUUGGAUGGUAUGGCGCCUGGAACAUUGUCGGCUUCUUCCUGGUGUUGUUUUUUCUCCCGGAGACUAAGGAGAAGACACUGGAGGAGCUGGACGCCGUUUUCAGCGUUCCUUUGCGAACAUUUGCACGGUACGGGCUCGCGCAGUUCUUCUACUUUUGGAGGAGAUACAUCUUCAGGCAGGAUAUCAGCCCGCCUGCUGUGCCGCAUGCUGGAGGAGUUGAUUAUCAUCGGGAUUCAUUUAAGCAGGAGAAGCAGCAUAACCCGACUGCCCGUGUUUAA